AUGCAGCGUAUCAGUGUCCAAAGUUUAUCCAGCAGAAAACGUUUUCGACUUGUGAAAUCAAACAGGUUAUGCACGAACUGCUUAAGUACGUCCCACAAAACGUCUGACUGCGAAUCGACAUAUACCUGCCGUCAUUGUGCACUAAAACACCAUUCUUUAUUACACCUGGAUACCGCACAAGCACGAAAAAAUUCCUGUCCUACGAAUAAAAGCACCAAAGUUAAUCAAUCAACACCCACGCCCACAGCUACAUCCGUACCAACCGUGUCUAAUACGACCGAAGGUGUGCCGUUUGUGGGAACGUCUAGUUCGAAAACCAACGUAGUACUGGGUACCGCUGUUAUACGUAUAAGUAAUAACUGUGGGCAAUUGUCUUCCGUUCGUGUGCUUAUUGACACUGGGUCACAGAUAUCCGUUAUUACUACUGCAGGCGUGUCAAGGUUGGGAAUUAAACGUAGGCAUUGUAAUACCGCGGUAACUGGUUUGUCACAAACAUCAGUAUCUACGACAAAGGGCUCAACUAAUUCCACUUUACUACCACGUCACUCGACAUCACCAAAAAUUUAUUGUGAACCUGUCAUUUUGUCCAAGAUUACUGGACCGAUGCCGAACGUACAAUUACCAGGUACAAUUCGUACCACCUACUCACAUUUAACCCUUGCCAAUCCUCAUUUUGACGUACCAGGUCAGAUCGAUUUCUUGCUAGGCGCAGAUAUCUACCCAUAUAUACUAGGACACUCGUGUCAAGUAUUACAUACGUCAAAUUGUCCAUCAGCAUUCGAAACGCGUUUAGGGUAG